UUCGAUUUACUCGUUCGUAAUCUUCUUCGUUGUGGCAUUUUGACAUUUUUGUUUUGCGCAAGCAUUCGCGCCGUUUUGUGACUGUUUGGCAUUCGCUUGCCCCCACUGCAGAGAACGCAGCGAACAUCUAAACACUGAAUACUUCUGCUUCUUCACACACACACAAUUUACGUUGCUGCUUUUUUCACGCAAUUGCGUUUUCCCCCACACGUUCGUAACGAAAAUUCAGCAAAAAGAGUAAAAGUACCUGCGUGGAAGGCAAAACGAGAGCAACGAGCUGAAAAUUUUCAUUUCUCAUUUUCAAGUGAAUUGCAUUGUUUUCUUUUUGCAAAUUAUAAACUGUUACUUUUGUUGUUUUACGUGUAGUAGCACACUUGCCACAAACGAACGCCAGCGAUAUGGAUAUCAUGGACAUACAAGCUGUGGAGUCCAAAUUGAGUGACGUCACAGUGACCCCAAUACCGCGUUCACAAGUACAAAAUUUCUACAAUUAUCAGCAGCAACGCGAGCAGCGUGAACAACAACCACAAAUACAAAUCUCCGCCAUACACCAUACACCGCGUGACCGCAGUGGCGGUGCGAGUUCCAGUUCCUCAAACGCCGCCACGGUGCUUGACCUGCAUCACAGUGUGCUCGGCGUUGGAGGUGGCGGCAAAAGUAGCGGUAGUAGCGGGCGUGAUCUGUACAGCAAACGUGAACGCGACUAUCAUCAAGCAUCGACAAGUACCUCAGCUGCUGCAGCCGUUGCAGCCCUACAGUACACACAGCAAUUGCAAGCGCAAUUGGCGCUCCUACAGCAACAAUCGAAUACCAUCGCCUCACCCGCCUCGACGCAACGCGCCAGCCACAGUAGCGGCAAUGCAAAUAGCAGUGGUCGCAGUAAUGCAAUGGGCAGUGGCGGUACCGUUGGUGUAGUUAAUGUUGGUAACGGUGGUUUGAGUGUCGGUGGCGCGCUAGACGUGAGUAGCAAUGCAGCGGCGAUAUUAAGCGCCGCACAGUCACAACUUAAGUACCCACUAUCCACGUCGCCCGUCAUAACCACACAAACAUCGGCCAACAUUACAACGCCAAUGACUUCCACAGCCAAUUUGCCAACGGCGGGCACAUCAGCGGCCAGCAAUGGUCUGAGCAAGUAUGCCCAAUUGCUGGCGGUGAUUGAGGAAAUGGGCCGUGAUAUACGACCAACAUAUACAGGUUCACGUAGUUCAACGGAGCGUUUGAAGCGCGGCAUUGUGCAUGCACGCAUAUUGGUGCGCGAGUGCCUCAUGGAAACCGAACGUUCAGCGCGUCAAUGAGAAACGGCAAUGAACGCAGACAGCGGCGGCGGCGUUAGGAGUAUAAAUGCCGUGGACAGCGUUGAGCAUACUGGCGUUGGAGGUGUGCACAGCAGUGACGUAAAUAGUGACGUUGGUAAUGGCGCCGUUAAAUAGUUUAAUAGUUAGUUAGGAUUUAGACUAGUAUAAUUAUGAUCUGCGGAAUUUCAGUGUUUACGUUUGCGACAUUUUUGUUUGCUUUUUGUCAACACGUAUACAUUUAGUGCUUUCUUGAAUUGAUUGUCUGUCUAUAUCUGUAUUUUAUUGUAUGCAAAUAAUUUUUUUUAAUAACUGUUAAAUGAAUUUGUGCGAACUGUAUACAUACUCACAACAAAAGAGUAUAACGAGCCUUUAAGCUUUACAAAAGCGUGGUGAACGUUCAUGUUUCAUUUGCGUAUAUGUUAUUAAGUUUUCUUCUUUUAAAUAAUUAUUAUGCAAUAGUUUAAAUUCAAAUGAAUGUUUUAAUUUAUGAUUUUAAAAUAGUUUAAAUAAAUUGCAACACAAAGUUUUAUUUAAAAUGAA